CUCUCUCAUUCGCUUCUCCAAGCUGAUUUUGUUUCGAGGGAUUCAACAAUGGAGGGUGACAAGCCAUUGUCAACUCAUAAAGCUGCGGAGUCGGAAGAUAAGCGCUCAUUUGUUUUUGAACGGCCGCGUGAAAGUGACUCUCUUCUUCGUGAGAAGAAGCCAUUGUUAACCCAAAACGCUGUAGAGUUGGACGAUAACUGCACAUUUGUUCUUGAACUGCCGGAAAGUGACUCCCUUUUUUAUGAAAAGAAGAACUUGCUACAAAAGAAGGGAUUUAAUACCAAGGAACAAAUACGCAUCACGAGCUCAUCACUCCCUGAUUCAAUUAGUGCUUCAUUGAAUGAAAUGCUUCAAAUAACAAGAAUCAUAAACUUAGAUGAGGUGGAGCUUUACUUUUUGGAAGAUGAUGCAAGCUCACCAGUGGACUCUUACUCUUUCAGGAAUGAAUUAGCAUCUCUCAAUUCAAUCCUCCGGCUAGUUGAAAACUCACUUUGUGAUUGUACAGAAAUGCAAAAGAAUAUCCUGCAAGAGUUACGCGCUUCUAUUGCUGGUAUGAUUGAUAAAUUACGGAUUGAGAAUAACUUGGAGUCUGUGAUCCUAGAAGACCACUGCUGCGACAGAGAAAACCGCUUGUUACAAUGGGGUGUAGAGAAUGGCAUGACAUCAAGGUUGCGCAUUGCUUAUGUGGAAGGAGCUGGUAGAGGUGCCAUUGCAAGAGAAGAUCUGAAUGUUGGGGACACUGCUUUGGAGAUCCCUACCUCUUUAAUAAUUUCUGACAAGCUUGUGAAAAAAUCUGACAUGUAUCAUAUAUUGGAAGAGAAGGAAAUGUCCUCUGAGACAAUGCUGCUGCUGUGGAGCAUGAAGGAGAAGUACAAUGCGAAUUCAAAAUUUAAGGUCUACUUUGACACACUGCCAGAAGAAUUCCUUACAGGGUUGAGUUUUGGAGUUGACGCUCUUGUGCUUUUGGAUGAGACUGCACUAUUGCAAGAGAUAAUGGAAGCAAAAGAGCACAUACGAAACCAGUAUGAACAGCUUGUCCCUUCAUUAUGCGAAGAGCAUCCUGAUAUCUUUCCACCAGAGCUGUUUACAUGUGAGCAAUUCUUAUGGGCGUGUGAACUCUGGUACUCAAAUAGCAUGAAAAUAAUGUUUCCGGAUGGAGAGCUAAGGACUUGUUUAGUUCCUGUUGCUGGCUUUCUUAAUCAUUGGCUAUACCCACAUAUAACAAGCUAUGGAAAAGUACAUUGUACAACAAAUACCUUGAAAUUUUGUCUAUCAAGAGCAUGUGAUGAAGGAGAAGAAUGUUUCCUUAGCUAUGGAAACUUUUCUUCUUCUCAUCUAGUUACCUUUUAUGGCUUUGUACCAAAAGGAGAUAACCCAUAUGACGUCAUCCCAUUAGAACUUGAAUGUGACGAGGAUAAUUUUGACGAGGGCAGUCAGGCAUUCAACUUGACUCACAUGGCAAGGGGUACUUGGUUUUCGAAUAACUAUGAAAUUUUCCACUAUGGCUUGCCCUCUCCAUUAUUGGACAAGCUAAGGAAAACUCAGAACCCAUUGCUGCACACUAAAGUCCUUCUUCAAGGAAGCUUGGAAUAUGAAAUUGAAAUACUCGAGCAAGUCCACGACAUCUUUGGUAACAUGAUGGAUAAUCUUGGUGAAGAUCUUGAUGACCUAUCCAGGAAAGAGGCUAGUUGGGAUGUAAAGCUGGCAAUUGAGUACAAAGAUAUUCUAAGAAAGAUUAUGGCUUCGAUCACAAGUUCCUGCCAUUUAGGUAUCUAUCAAGUGAAAGAUGAGUUGUCGAAAAUCAUGGAUGAGGACACUCGUGGCUAGAUGGGCGGCCCGGCGCAACUUUUUACAGCUCGGAAAUGAACCCUCAGAGUAAGGCAUUGAUAAAAUUUUUGACACAUACUGAUUGCUAUUUUAGUUGAGGAUACAGGACGUGAUAGGUAAUUCUUGUCCACAUCACAAAUUAGGCUACAAGGUUAAUGAUCUGUCAGUUUUUGAUAAAUUGUCAGUUUUACUUUUCUUUUUUGUCUCUGAAAAUCUGUAUAAGCAAGAAACAGUACUUUUGUGAUGCCAGAAUUGUGCCAUCGCUCAUUUGUUAAUAGUGCAAU